AUGCGUAAACGAUGUUCGUUACUGAGUCGUAUACGACUUGUCGUACACGGAACCGGAAACGGACUGAAAUUUAUCCGUUUUUGCGAUCUGCUCCAUGGACCACGUACACUUGGCGAUGCAACAGAAAUUAUAGCUAAUGAACUCAUGAUCAAUUACUACAGAGAUCAUCAAUCAUUUUAUACAAGUAUUCAGAAUUUCGUUUUGCACUUGCAUGUGCACUAUGCAAAUCAAUAUCGUUUACAUGGUAGUUUAUCUAACCUUGGUACUUUUGGACAAGAAUCAUUAUUAGGACAUUUUGCUAAGAAUCGACAUGGAACACAUCACUUUGGAGAGUUAAUUACAAACAAUUAUAAUGUAGAUUUCACAAUUCACAAUCAACCAAACUCUCAUUCAUCAAGUAGAAACAUCGAAAUCGAUGGAAUAUUUGAUCUUCAUGAUAGUUCGAUUAGCCGUGCUCUGCACGAGUAUCAUAAUGCUCUAUGCAUUUGUGAUAAAAUUGACCAAUGCAUCAGUAUAUAUCGUCGUUGUCGGCUUAAACACACGAUCUAUCAUUCCUUAUUAUAUCGAAGACGAGGAUCAUCAGUCAGCUACUUCGUUCAAUAUUCAAAAGGUCACGACGAUAAUUUAUUUGGCUCCCUUGAAGAUUGUAAUAGUGAAUAUGCUCGAUUAACUCGUUUAUCACAAGAUCAAGCCGAUGAUCAAAAUGAUGGUAAUAUUCUCGCUUCAUGUUUCAAACUGAUACAUGCCAUGAUUUUCAUUCUUUCAGAUGAUUCGAUUCAAGAUGCUAUCAAUAUGAUUAAUUCAUCUAUGAAAAAUAUAAGAUCUUCAAAAAUUGAUCGAACACGUUUAUCAUCAUCAACUUCAUCAUCACCACGAAUUUCAACAUGUGCACAAACACCAGAAAAAAUAGAUGUUGAAGUGUCAGAUAGUGAUGAUGAAGAAAAUUCAUUUUUUGAUUGUCGUAAACGAACGAAGAAAACAUUAUUUGAAUCAUCAUCAAAGAAGAGAAGGAGCACCAUCGGUAAACCUUUAACACAACGUGUUUCAACAGCUUCAAUGUGUAUGCUACAUUCUCUUGUUUAUAUUAAGAUGUUCAACAAUUACAAUUUACUUGAUUUGAUGGCUACCGAUUACGGGAAUUAUGCCCGUAAAAUUUUGCGAAUAGUUUUUUCUCAAGAUGAACUCAAGAGUUCGAUACUGCCACCUGGUAAACCUCAUUUAAGACGUCAGCCACUUGAUCAAGAUCGCUUUAAGAUUUGUAUGGAUGCAAUUCGUUAUAAAUUUAAAUUGGACGCAGUAAAUUUUGGUUUAUUUUAUCGAGCACUUUUACGAAGAAAAUUAACCGAUUUUUUAAUCGAAGAACGUCGACGUCAAUCAACUUAA